AUGAGCCGGAUAUUGAUGAAAAUUCAAGUGUUUAAUUAUAAAAAGGAAAUUAUUAAAUCGUCGACUCGUGAAUCAGUGAGAGAAACAACGUUGAUUUCCGUAGUGGAUUCAAAUUCUGAUAAAUCAGGGGAGAGGUUGAGGGUCAAAGAGGAUAAGGGAUCCGUCACGGAUAAAAAUAAAAAUAAAGAAUCGACCGUGAAGGAAACCUCAAUCACGAUUCAUUACACGCCGUCGAAAAAACAAGCGGGUAAAAAUGAAAUAGCAAAGGCCGGAACCGUGAAUGAGACAACGGAAAACGAUGGGAAAAAAGUUAAUAAAAAAGCAGAAGAUACUAGACCGGCGAAAAAGGCUUCAUGUCAUCAGGGUAAAAAGACAAAAUUCGAAAUAUUGGGAAAGAAUAAGGGGAAAAUAGAUAGCGGUAAGGGGGUAACGUCGAAAUCGAGGCCGACGACUCUGUUGACGAAAUCGAAAUCGGUGAGUCCGAGGAGUUCGAAUUCUUUCGACAAGAAAGAUGGUAAAAUCUCGUCGUCGAAAACUCCGGCGUCAUCGAACACGAGAAUCGUCAAUGCAAAAAUGUCAAAGAGUUUGGAUGCGACGAACAACAAGAAGACGGUGGACAAAGUAUCGGAUAAAUUACUACUCGACAAUGCCCUGAAGGAAACGAAAUCGGAAUGCAGCAUAGUAAAAAAUCGUAGAAGCAUGGACGUGUCGAGUCCGAGCACGUCGGGAGCAUCGAGCCUCCAAACGAUCGUUUCAAUAAUGGAUAAACAAAAUUCAAUUGAGUUUAAAGAAGUGUCCUGGGCCGUCGAGGAUCUAUUACCAAACAUAAGAUCGAGCCUGUUGAAAAAAUUCAAAUUGGGUUUGUGGAAAAGUGAUUCGCAGAUAUUUGUCGAAAAGGUUGUCAGUAGUAGCGAAAGCAUAUGUAAAAUGGAUAAAUCGAAUUCUUUGGAAAUUAUUUAUUGUAAAAAUGAUAUUAGUAAAGAUUCUAGUUUUAAAAAGGGGGGGCCGUACGAGUCGUUGAGCAGUCAAACUCUCCCGGAAUACAACAGGAAAUUACGAAGGUUGAGUCAAUUCAAAAUCGACAAGAGAGAUUUGGAAGACGGGGGGAGGUACGUGGGUCGCUGCAAGGGAUUCGUCGAUCACGACGAAUUCGAUGACGGCGUUGAAAAAAUCCCGGACGACGAUGACGUCGCUCGACCUUUGCCCGAUAAACUUUUACCCUCCGAGGGACCGCAAGACGAUGAUGAGGAAAAAGCCAUCGGAGUCUCACCCGAUGGCAGAUUCCUUAAAUUCGAAGAAGAGAUCGGGAGGGGAAGUUUUAAAACGGUGUACCGAGGUUUGGACACUCAAACGGGAGUUUCCGUCGCCUGGUGCGAAUUGCAGGAGAAAAAAUUGAAUAAGACUGAGCGGAUAAGGUUUCGCGAGGAAGCGGAAAUGUUGAAGGGAUUGCAACAUCCCAACAUUGUCAGGUUUUUCGAUUAUUGGGAAGCGACUCCGACCAAGAGGAAAUACAUCGUUUUGGUGACGGAGUUGAUGACGUCGGGAACGUUAAAAACGUAUUUGCGACGGUUUAAAAAAAUCAAUUUAAAGGUAUUGAAAUCGUGGUGUCGACAAAUUUUAAAAGGUUUAAUGUUUCUUCACUCGCGAACUCCGCCUAUAAUUCAUCGAGAUUUAAAGUGCGAUAAUAUUUUUAUAACUGGUACCACUGGCUGUGUUAAAAUAGGAGAUUUGGGAUUGGCAACACUGAAAAAUAGAUCGUUUGCCAAAUCCGUAAUAGGUACGCCUGAAUUUAUGGCACCCGAAAUGUACGAGGAACAUUACGACGAAUCCGUUGACGUGUACGCAUUCGGAAUGUGCAUGUUGGAAAUGGCAACGUCGGAAUAUCCCUACAGCGAAUGCAUGGGUCCGGCUCAGAUUUACAAAAAAGUCGUGUCCGGAGUCAAACCGCAAAGUUACGACAAAGUCGAGAAUUCGGAAAUCAGAGACAUCAUUGACAAGUGCAUCAAAUUGAACAAGGAAGAAAGGCCCAAAGUGAAAGAAUUGUUGAAUCACGAAUUUUUUGCCGAAGAUUUAGGUUUGAAAUUGGAUUUAGUGUCGAGGGAUGAAGCCAUUUCAUCUAUGAAAGAAAAGGUUGAAUUUAGAUUGCGCGUGUUGGAUCCUAAAAAAAGGGGAAACAAACACAAGGAAAACGAAGCCAUACAAUUUGAAUUUCACGUCAUCGAAGAUAAUGCGGAUGAAGUUGCUAACGAAAUGGCAAAAUCAGGUUUGAUAAUGGAAGAGGAUGCUAAAAGCGUCGCCAAAAUGUUAAAAUCACAAAUUGCAUCCCUGACGAGAGAGAGAGAAGAGAGGCAACAUUUAAUCGAGGUUCCACCUGAUUCUGGUUACGUCACCAUUCACACGGGAGAACAAUUGGCGGAUUUAACAUCGACGAACGACGGUCAAUUGAACGAAAACGUUCAACCUGUUUUUCUUCAACAGCAAUUUUACAUAAAUCCAAUUCCGACGCACGUGCAACAGGUGUUUCAUCAACACGUUGCCGGUACUCCCGUUCAAAGCGGUAAUAAUUUCAUGGGAACAACUUAUCCCGUUCAUCCAAGUUUUCCAACAUCGAUCACCGUACAACCCGGUCAACCGUCGACGGUUGGAACGAGUUUAACCGGGCAAAUCUACUAUCAACCGGUCUUAACGAAUACGAUAGUGACGCAACCCGUCAUUGCGACGAUUCAACAACAACCGAAUCAAGAUUUGAAUGGUGGUUCUUCGAAUAGAACGGAACCUCAAAUAAUCACGGUCAAAUCGGAAAUGGUCAAAGACGUGACGACGUUGGACGACAUACAAAAUAUUCACAUACUACCAAACGUCAUCGUUCCUCCCCUACUCAUCAGUCAAGAUUUACCCUUGAGAAAAGAAUCCGUCACGAUUGACAAUUCUGAUAGCUCGGGAAGAAAAGAAUCGACCAUAUCUACGAAAUCCUUUUCUAGUCAGGCUUCCGAUAACGUUCAAUUCAUCGAACCUACCAUGCCUGUUUUUCAACCAAUACCCGAACAGUAUCCGAAAGGAGUGGCGGAAGUUGUGAACAACGAUUUGACGUCGUUAGAUAAAAAAUCCGAUGUGAAAGAUGAUUUUUUGUCUAAUUCUCAAACGGAUGGACAUUCUGAAAUUUCGCAACAAGAAUAUCUACCCUCGAGCGGACAGGAUAAUUCUUACAACGUCGAAUCUAGUCAAAGCACUUCCCCGGAUCAAAAUAACAUGCCGUUGGAAAAACCGAAAAAUCUCGCGGAUAAUUCGGAUUUCAGUCAAGCGAGCAACAGCACGGAUAAUCAACUUUGGGAUAAUCUAUAUUACGAUUCUCAACCGAUAACACCCAUAGCGGAUUAUCAGAAUUUCGAUUAUCCGAAAGAUAAUCCGGACGAUCAGGGGAAUGCAAUGGAAAACACGAUGGAAAUGAUGGAUAAGGAAGAAACGAAAUUGGAAAGGACGGAAUCAUCGAAAUCGAGAAAAUCCAGCAUGAUCAAAAGGAAAAGUCGGCCUUUCGGACCCAAAUUAUCGGUUUUGAGUUUGACUGGUUCCACGAUCGAAUGCCAAUUGGAAACGUCCAAACAUCAAACGGUGACGUUCACUUUCGAAACGGGAGAUGCGGUACCCGCGGAUAUAGCAAAUAAUUUGGUUCAAGAAAAUUUAUUAUCGGAACAACAUUCGGAUGUUUUGAUCGAAUUGGUUGCGGAUUUAAUACGGCAACUCAAAGAGAAUCCAGACAAGAUUCCGGUUUUACCCGCGACGAGCAUGAUUCCGGGAGAAAAUGUUGUUUCCAACGUUGGCAGUCCUGUCGUGUCGAGAAAACCGAGGGAUCGGGAUAGAAGAUUAGAUGGAAAAUGGGUUACUUUCACUUGGGGAAGUACUUUGCUUAUCAUUAAACUUAUCAAAUUAAAUUUUUCCAGAAUAUUCUCCAGUCUUAUCCAGUUUUCUCCAGUAUUCUCCAGAAUUUUCUCCAGACUUCUCCAGUUUUCUCCAGAAUUUUUAGACUGCUCUAGGCAUAUCCAGACUAUUCUAGUCUUCUCCAGUUUUCUCCAGACUUCUCCAAUAGAUAGAUAUUUUAGAAUUUCAAUAACUUUUUGCUUGAAAGAUGAAACUUCCGUGUCGUUGACGACGACGCCGACAAAGCAAAGAUUUAGCGACAUAACACCCCCACCAUUAUUCAAAUCCCAAGAAUCGAGUCCGGUCAAACAUCAAAGAUUCAGCGAAGUCGUCAUGCCCUCAUCAUACAUUUCACAGGAUCUACCUGGAACGAGUUCCCUACCACCCGUAGUCAAUCAAGAUUUCAAUCAAGUUUUAAUGGUGUCUGAAAAUGGCGGAAUACAAAUGGUACCCGAACCCGAUGGUCAAAUGGAAAUACCCGAUUCGAAAGUUUAUUCGCCGACGACGAUCGAGAGAAAAAUGUCUGUCGUCGUUCCACCCAAUUUGCAAGAGCUUAACAUACCCCUGGAUAGAAUAAAAUCGUGCAGCGAACAAAGGGAAAAGAAAAUAUCAAGGUUUCUAGUCAGUCCGGUCGUAGAUAAAGGAGCGACCGAUGAAUCCUCCGUGGUAGUAACCGAGGGACUCGCGAAAGGACUGGAAUCCUCGAGCACCAAACAAAUCCCGUCGAGAGGAGAAAAUCCAGGAGGGAAUUUUUGUCAGGAUGUUUUUCAAGAUAACAGCGUGAGCGAUCAAUUAUCGUCCGGGGGAAGAAAAUGUUCGGCCAUGCAUCAACCCGAUAUUGAAAGUUCAGCGAGGAAAUUAAGUUCAGACACUCAAUGCAGCGUCAUAAGCGGCGAUGAUUGCACUCCGGCUUUGAAUAACACACCGACACAGCAAUACACACCCGACAACACGAUAACCGCUUGUCACGCGGAAAAAGAUUUAGGUGCUCCCCGUACGAUAGCUGAUUUAGAGCAAAAACUCGUCGAACUCACUUCGCAGCCUUCGGAGCUUGCAAUUGGAACACCACCGAGUCAACCCGCGACCCCUCACGUUAAUCUCAAUUAUCAGACGUACAUGCAAACGUUACAUCAGCGAUUGUCAAACACUCCGACCGUUGGACAACAUAAUUUGUCUGAUCCUCACAUGAGUAUUCCAGAGGGAGUCGAAGCACCCACGGUUCUCGUACAACCGGUGGCAGCACAGCAAAUCGCUUUUCAACCGAUGCCGGCAACUCUAUCGCAAUUCGAUGGAAUCAAAUCAAAUUUGCUUGUCACGCAGCCUAUUAACAUUGGUCCGCCAGUUAUGCAAAACAUGCAACCGGUUCAAGCGUUGCCGGUGCAAAAUCUACAAGGGAUGAAAGAUAAUCAGACGAUGAAUUUUGUUCAGCCCGUUGGAAAAAGUCAAAAUUUAUCAACCGUUUCUCCAGGAAUAAUAAAUUUACAACCCAUAACCGGAAGUCAAUUGAUUCAUUCUUUGCCGACCUGUCAAUUGAAUCAACCCUCUAAAACGGGACAAAAUCUAGUGGCCGUUCAACCAGUGACCAUGAUUACUUCGACGACCGUACAGGAUGCGGAAGUAAAAGAAGAAAAACCUAGGGUCCGUCCCACGGCCAUUGAUCUACACGAUUUGGAACAGGAAUUGUCAAAGAUUCACACGGGAGGAACGAGACACAUACUACUUCAACCUCAACCUGUGACCAUGGUGAACGCCAUUCAACCCAAAAAGAAAAGGCAAAAGAAAAAAUCGAUGGAUGGUAAAAGUAUUAAUCAAUCUGGGGGUAAUAAUGCCGUGUCGAAAGUGUCCAGGUUUCAAGUAAGCGUCAUAUCGGAAUCGAACAACGACCCGGUUAAAGCGAGAGAACCCAAGAGAGAGACCAAGACUGGAAGGUUUAGCGUCGUCACUCACGAGGACACGGAAAAGGAAGAGAAAAAACCCGCGACAAUGUAUUACAAAGCAGCAUCCACCGCGUUUCUCAUCGGAACUCCGAGUUCUACAGAAUUCAAUAAUCAUUCUCCAAUUUCGGAAAGGAAAAAGAUGACAUCAUCUUCGAAAAAUGAAAAAAUUAAAAUAACUACUACUACUACUACUACUACCACGUCGGGAGGACGACGAAAAAAAUCAUACAUGACGAAUAAUCACUUAAAACCUGAAGAAUCCCCCCCCUCGGUCAUCCUACAAAAACCCAAUCCUAUAAAAUUUGCUCGGGAUCGAUUUCAUAGGAAAAACGGACGAGUCGAAAAUGAUUUUCUAAUGGAAGAAAUCGUUUCGAAUCCGGAUGAGAAUUCGAAAAAAAUGACGGAAAAUUCGAAAAAAAAAUGGAAGAGGAGAAAAAGUUCGACCGUUUGCGGUGGGGAAUUUUUCGCGGAUAAAAAUAUAUCAAACAGUUGGCAGAAUUUGUCGGCGGAUGGCGGAAGGUGUCCGAGUCCGAAUUGCAUAUGUAAGGGCAAACCUUGUCUGUGUGGGAAUCAUUACAAUUCGGUCAAGAUGUCGUCGUCGUCGGUUCGGGAACAUUGGAAAUUCAAUCCACUCGCCGAACUCGAAGAUUAUUAUUUGAAUAAGAAAUCACAGAGUUGUGGCAACGUUGCCGAAUUGUACAGUCCGCUGCUGGAAAGAAAUUCUCACUCUUUUGAAAAUUUAGCGACGAAAUUGAACGAGAUAUUUCAGGGAAACAUGAAAUCCCAGGGGAAUUUGACGGUGGUAAGAAAAUCACGAUUCGAUAAGAGUCCCGUGAGGAGUCCGACGAAGAAAAACGCCAUGAAUUUCGAAAAAAGUAUUUUCCUCAAUAAAAUAAUGAAAAAUCGGGAGAGUAAAAAAUUCGGGAGUUUGAGCGAUUUGAAUUUGGGAGAACGAGAAACCGUCGGCGGAAAUUUGGGAAAACGGAAAACGAACGAACCUUUCGUAACGUCCCCCGAAAUAAUGCUGUCGACUAAUAGUAAUAAUAAUAAUAAUUAUAAUAAUUAUAUUAAUAAUACGAUGCCCUUCAGAAAAUUUUCGGAGAUUACACCGUCCGUUGCGUUGGUAAGACUGACUGCUUUUUUAAAUACGUCACAUCCGCUUUGA